AAGUCUCUAACUCACACUCACCCUCCCUCCCUCCUCACAUUGCCGCCACACUCCUCACACACACAACACAAUACACACGGCAACACACCCACAAAAGAAAGAAAAGAAAGAGAGAAUGGAGAAGAAGGGAGAAGAGGGGAGGGAGCCGUGUCGCCACCGCACCCCGUCGCGCCCAGCUCGCCGCUGCGUCCUGCUGCAGCCGUCACCUGCGUCAUCGUCGAGGAGAGGGAUGUGUCGCACGAGGAAGACGGAGUUGCUGCUGUGUGUUGUCGCCGUCGUCGUUACUGCCCUGGCCGUCGAUGCUUCUCGUGGUCGUUUGUGGGUUGUCACCUCUUCUGCUUCUACUUUGCUGCUUCUGCGUCACGCCGUCGUCUGCUGUCCUACAUUUUCGAAUACCCAUUUCCUUCAUGCAGAUAUUUCUCUUUGGGGGCAUUACAAUCUGGAUGUCGCUGCUUCUGAAUUGUGCCGUGUCACUGGUUCUCUGCCUCCUCAUUGUGGCUCAACCUCUGUUUAGGAUGCUGCUACUCUAAAUUAUUGGAAGCUGGUCAUCACUAUUUGAAAAGAAUAAUGCAUCACAAUUGCCCUGUUUGCUUUGAGGUAUAAACUAUAAAGACUAUUCUUCUAUUAUGGUAAAAUCUUU